UGUUUGUCGGAUUAUCAUUUGUUAAUUGCGGUUUUGUGUUUUUUUUGAUGGCUUUAAAAAUAUUGUUUAUAACUACAAUUGCAAAAUAAAAAAUGAAAUUAGUAUAUUAAAAUGUUACGAAAAAUGUGUGAAAAAUUAUCAAUUAAAUUUGUAAGCAAAAUGUAUUAAUUGUGCGUUUAAAAAUAGCUAAAGCAAAAAAAAAAAUAUUAAAGAAAGUUGAAGCAAGUGUGAAAAAAGAAGUGAAGAGAGAAAUGCUAAUGCAGCCGCAAAGUGUUAAAUUUAACAACACCAACAAUAAAAAUAAUGUAUAAAAUACAAAAAUUGUUGUUUGAAAUUAUGCUGCCCAAAGGCACUUCUGAAUGAUUUUUUUCAUAGAGAAAAGUAACAGAAGCAAAACCAAAUAAUUAGUAUCUCAUCUUCUUAUCUAGAGAUACUUUCAGAAAUUAAUAGAAAUAUGAUAAUUGAGCUUAUCCAAGUUAUAGCGAAGGAACGAUUGGGCAGCAUUUGUAUACUAUAGCACACAGAUAAGGGAAAAUGUAAAUAAUCAAUUUGCAUACAAAAAUAAAACUAAAAUUAGUAACAUAUAAUUACUAAUCAAAAAUAUAAAUAAACACAGACAUAUCAAAGUUGCAGUUUUACUUCAAUUAUGAAAUUUAAAAGAACUUAUACAAAUAUCACAACGUCAUAAUCAUAACCAAUCAUUGUAAAUAAAACUUUAACGGCCAAGUAACAGAAGCAACAAAGCACAAUGGUCAAGGGUAUAUUGGUGAAUCGCAAAAGCGAUGAGACGCUUAAGUCCCAACUUAAAAUGGAGCAUGCCGAUCUGGUAGCUGAAAUGCAAACAGUGGAAAAUUUACCCACACACGAACGUUUACAACUGGCCAGAUUACGACGCGCUCAACAGUUGAAAGUGGCACGACAGAAAGAUAAGGAAUGGCUGAAACUGCAGCGUGCCAAGGGCAAUUUGAAUAAUCUUGGCAACAAUACCACAACACAUCAUUUUCGUAAUAGUAAUAGCAGCGGGAGGCAUAUAUCCUUCGAGAAUAGUGUUGUGCUACUGGAAGCUGCCAGUCGCAAUGAUAUGCAAGAAGUGGCGGAAUUGCUGGAGCAUGACAUCACACCAGAUGCAGCCAAUGAGGACGGUCUCACUGCGUUGCAUCAGUGUUGUAUUGACAAUAAUGUUGAAAUGUUAAAAUUAUUAUUGGAAUAUGGUGCUAAUGUUGAUGCACAGGACAGUGAUAAAUGGACACCUUUACAUGCAGCUGCUACUUGUGGCCAUUUGGAGCUUGUGCGUAUACUUAUUGAUCAUGGUGCUAAUUUGUUGGCAGUUAAUACCGAUGGUAAUAUGCCAUAUGACUUAUGUGAUGAUGAGAAUACCUUAGAUUAUAUUGAGGCUGAAAUGUCGAAACGUGGUGUUACACAGGAACUUAUCGAUGAAACACGUUCGUCGACAGAACGACAAAUGUUAAGGGAUUUAAUGGAUGCAGCGCAAAGUGGUAAAGACUUAGAAGAACCAGACUAUCAAGGCGCCACACCUCUGCAUAUUGCUGCCGCAAAUGGUUAUGUUCAUGUAGUCGAAUACCUCCUAGAACAACACGUUAAUGUAGAUGCCUUAGAUAAAGAUAUGUGGUCACCAGUGCACGCAGCGGCCUGUUGGGGACAUUUGGAAGUAUUAGAAAUGCUAGCACAGUGUGGUGCAGAUUUAAAUGUGAGAAAUAAAGAUGAUGAAACGCCGUCAGAUAUUUGUGAAGAUCCAGAAAUACGCGAACGUAUUGAGCAACUCAAAACGGAACAGGAAAGUAAACGUUUAGCUGAAGCACAAAGACGCCGUGUCAGGCGUUCACAGAGUAACAAUACAAGAGCACAAUCGGUUCGUCGCACUUCGUUACGUGAUAAAACAUUAACAACCAAAAAAGAUGCAGUUGAAGAAGCUAGAUUACGGUUACAAGCACAAGAGGUUUAUAUAGCACCCGAUAGCACAAACACUUCAUUAGAUCCAAAUGGUGAUAUCUUACGUACAAAUUCAAAUAUACACAAUGAUAAUAUAACAGCAAAUACAGCGAACGCAACAACCACAACAGAAAAUGGCCUUAGUUGGUUAAGUAAAGGACCAAAUAAUAAUAACAAUACCAUUAAUACGAAUAAUAAUAACGAUAAGAAACUGCAACAACAACAACAACAACAAGGUAGUUUGGUGCUUAACGGUGGGUUAUUGUUAACACAUUCAAAGUCUGCUGAUGCAAUAGAUUCAACGCAUUCCCUAAUACCACGACGGCCACCAGAUGGUCGAGAGAAUGAUGAACUACAAAUGAGUGCCUACAAAACUGGCGGUGGUGAACAUCAACGCUCCACAUCAGCAGCUGCUGUCAUAGUUACAGAUCGUAAUGCGACAACUGCGGGUGCAACUUUGGCAUCAGAAGCUGUACAAAUACAAUCAAGCAAAGAGGCAACAAAUGGUAAAAUAAAUGUGCAGGUGACAGUGCUUGUCGAUACAGCAAGCACCCAUCAUCUUCAUCAACAGCAAGCGCAGUUGGAUUCAUCCUUUGCGGGUGCCACAUUGGCUAAUUUAAAAAAACAACGUUCGUUAUCACGUACAAACGUACUUAAUUAUGAAAAUGGUUCUGUUUUAGGAGCCUCAACUAAUAAUAACAACAACAACAAUAACAAUUUUAUGGGCGAUGGACAUACGAUAAGCAGCCAACCUUUAAGUGGAGGUCUGUUACCAAAUGCAAUAGAUUUUGGUAGUAUAAACAGUGCUGAGAAUCCGGCAUUUGCAUCGUCAGUGAAUAAAUUCAGCGGUGUGACGGGCGACGUGGUCAGUGAUAGUACUAGUUCAAAAAAAUGUUGCACAGUUAUGUAA